GUCAUUACGUUGAAUUGAAUCGUAUGCUUCUCAUUUGUAUAUGUUCUUUAUCUUGCAUAUUAUCUAUCUAUAGUUUUGUUUAUUAUCUUUUAACGUAUAGAGUUAACACAGUUGCUCGGAAAAAUAAACCGAAAGAAAAUAGGGAUCUUGCGUGUGCAAGCUCUUCGAGGUUAAGUCAGCAAUCGGUGUGCUGGCGCUGUUACGGAACAGCAAAGAUCAGCAGAGAUGUAGGAGCGUGACAUCGUUAUGUUUUUAUGUCGGAGUCAAUAUCUUCACACUUGUCGUUUCUCUGAUAAAAUGUCCUGUUGAUCGCGAUCUCAAGACAUGGCGCGGUCUAUUCUCGACGCUUUGACAGAUGUUUCGUUGGAUGGCUCCUCUGUACAAUCUCUUUUGGAGUCACAGACAUUGAUAGCUGAAGUUGAGCAGUCAGCUAUCGAUCAAGAUGAACAAGACUUAUUCCAGUGUGGUAAAUGUAAGAGCCAAUUUACUUCACUUCAAUUAUUUGUACAUCAUAAGAGAAUACAUCGGAAGACUCAAGACACUGUCGAUUUGACUCAGUUCUUAAACAAUGAGAAUCAAGAGAUACAAAUGGAUAAUGUAGCUCAAAAUGAAUCACAGUACAAUUCACAAGAAGUCUUUCAACUUGGAGAACCUAUCAUUCUAGAAGAAGCAGAUAUGUUAUUUAGUGUGGACCAAGAGGCCACCAAUUAUUUCACCACAGAUUCUACAUUUAGCGUGCCAAUUAUUUUAAGUACAGAAAACCUGGAUACCUUUGGCAAUACUGCCAUAGAGGCAACAAAGCAGGUGUCCAAUGAGAUGUCCAUGAUACAAUUGCAUGAUAUCAGUUCACAAGAAGAUGUUUCAUCCCAAUCUGAACAUGUUAAUGUUUCGUUGAUGGAAAGUAAUGAGCAAUCUGUAGAAAAUAGCGAAUCAUUUCUCGAAGACAACGAGACAUCCAUCCAAGAUGAUCCACUAGAUGAAUCAGAAAAUGGUGUUAUUCAUACACAGAAUUUAAAGUAUAAAUGUAACUACUGUGACAAACAGUUCGCUAAGAAAUUCUAUUGGCAACAACACGAACGUUCUCACACCGGAGAGAAACCUUAUCAGUGUAUAGUGUGCGGUCGUGCGUUUGCACAAAAAUCAAAUGUGAAGAAACACAUGUCUUCGCACAAAGUAUGGCCUGGCACUGCCAUUCACUCUUUACCACCAGAGGCACCUCCGGAUGGAAAUAUCGAUCGCACAUAUCACUGUCAGUUCUGUAAGGAGACGUUCGAUUCGUACAAAGCUUUGAAAGGUCAUCUCAUCAUCUCGCAUCUUGAGUUAAAGGUGUACAAGUGCGUGCAGAGCAACUGUAGCAUGAUGUUCUCAGAGUUGGAUGAAUUUAUUAAGCAUACGCGCAGCCACAAGUGCUCAGAAUACCGAUGCCACGUAUGCGGCGAGGUAUUCAGCACUUUGUCUGAUCUCGGUCGUCAUCAAUACGUCCACUCCGUCCAGAAGCAAAAGACCACAGAAAAAUUCUAUUGCUGCUCAGUUUGCAAAUCAUCGUUCUCGAACUUAGAGGCGUUACAACAUCAUCAGGAGACCACCACGCACGAUUACACUUGUCUACAGUGCGGCAAGAGUUUUCUCAUCGAAAGGUUCUUGCGUCGUCACCUUAAGACUCACUCCACGUCGGCGAAAUUUAUCUGCGAGGAUUGCGGCAAAGCCUUUAAGACUGAACAAUAUUUGGCCAAUCACAAACUAGUGCACAGUGAGGAGAUGCCUUUUACGUGUCCGCAUUGUCCAGCCAGAUUCAAGCGGAAAGAUCGGCUGGGACGGCACAUGCUAAUUCACGAUUUGACGAAGAGGCUCAAGUGUCCGUUUCGCGGUCAUCUCGGCUGCAUGAGCGAGUUCUCACGAACCGAUAAGCUUAAACGGCAUCUGCUGACUCACAGUAACGUAAAGCGGUUCACUUGCAGCCACUGUAAUCGCAACUUUCACCGGGCACAAGCGCUUAAACAUCACGAGAUCAACAAACAUACUCUUAAAUGUGAUAUCUGUUCUCAUACUUUUAAGACUAAAGAACAACUUAUUACUCACAAUUGCGAACAAUCGGGGCAAGACACCAAGAAACACACAAGUUCGCAACUACCGAAAAGAGCAUCCGGAUCGUUCAAACCGAGAAAGCCUACUCCAAAGAGACAAACGUUAUCAAAGACUGCAGCUCCGCUUGCUGAUAAAGAGAAAUUAGAGGAUUUCAAGAACGAUGAAAUACAAAAAAAAAUCACCUGCGAAACAUCUAGGUCCGAUGACUUUGAUGAGGAAACUCUCAAGAAAGCGAGAAACGUUCCACUUAUCGUAAAAACAGACGGAUCGACGAUCGACGGCGAAUUAAACGAACAAUCCGAUUCGCCACUCGAAAUGGACUUCGAGUAUGAUUAUAAACGAGAAAUCGAAUUUUAUUCGUCCCACACAACCGAAUAAAGUUUUUUGCAAUAUACACACAUAUGCAUGCGUCGUCUACGCACGUAUGUAUAUUUUUAUUCGUAUUUGAACUGUACAUCUCUUGAUUAGAACAUAGACCAGUCGUCGCAGCAUGUGCAAUGAAAAAUCACUAGCAAAAGGCGCAAGUUGCAUUUUAUUUUUGCGUACGAUAUUUUGUAGUUUACAUAUCUGUGAUAAUUGUAUUAUAAAUGCUCUAUCAAUAUAAGUAACUUAUAAUUAUACAUAUACAUACAAUUAAAUAUAUAUAUAUAUAUAUAUAUACAUAUAUAUAUAUAUAUGCGCGCACAUCGAAAAUGUUCCGUACGUAUUGUCUCGAUAUUGACUUUCGAUAAAUAUUGGAAAAAUUGAGAUAUCACUUCCAAAUUAUGUUUUUAUUAGAAUACGCUUCUACUGGACAGUGAAGUGCAUCUCGUGCAGAAAAAGUUUUACAAAAAAAAAGAAUUUAUCUGUGCAAAAUCAACUACAAACAAAAAAAUAUCUCAUAUACAUUUGGAAGUGACUAGUUCUCUGGAUCCGAUCUUUUUUUUUUUUUUACAAGUAACAAGUAUAGUCAAAUAACUUUU